AUGGGGGCCGUGUUCAAGGGCGCUGACCUGGACGCACAGCUGUCGGUGCUGGCGCGGCAGGUGGCCACAACGCUGCCGGGGGCCACAUUUGCUGCGGCCAAGGACGCCGUCAUGAGCCGCUCCAUCGCCACCCUGGCUGCGUACCGCAAGUUCUGCGCCACCAGCAGCAGCGCGGUGCAGCUCAUCCUGCCCGAGGCCCUGAAGCUUCUGCCCCUCUACAGCCUCGCCCUCCUCAAGUCCGCCGCCCUGCGCCCCGACGUGCGCGCGGACGACCGGAGCCUCUGGGUGGGGGCCGCCAUUAGCCUGGGGGCGUCGCGCGUGAUGGGGCUGCUGCACGGGCGCCUCUUCCCGCUGCACAGGCUGGUGGAGGGCGGCGGCCUGGCGCCCGACGGUGGCCUGCCGGACCCCCUGGCGCUCAGCAGCGAGGGCCUGGAGGCGGGGGGCGUGUACGUCCUGGAGAAUGGGGUGGACCUGCUGCUUUACGUGGACAGGGACGCGGCCCCGGGGCUGGUGCAGGUGGGCUGCCCGGGUUCGUGUGGGGAGGAGGCUCUUUGA